CACCCUGUGAGCACAGCCUCCUAAGUGCCCGUCUAGGCCAGGCCCACGGGAUGCCCUCCACCUGCUGCCCGCCAGAUGGUGUUGCUAAGUCUCUGAAUUGCCCUUUUGAUCCUCCUGCCUCAGCCUCGCAGAGUGCUGGGAUUGCAGGUGUGCACCGCCACACCUAGCUCAGGUCAUUUUCUUGGUAUAGCUUUUACCUGACACUACUCCCAGGAGACUUGUUCUUGGUGGGCACUCCCGGGUGACCAGGAGCAAGAUCCCACCAGCUCCUGACAUCAGCUUCCUCCUCUGCACAGUGGGGAUAAGGAAGCUAACAGUGGGCAUGGGCCUCUGCAGGCUCCCUCGGGGGUCCCACACUGCAGACUGCAGCUUCACCUGAAGGCACAACUGUUUGCAUCGCAUAUGCUUAUUUGAUUGUGAAACUUGAGUCACUUUUAAGGGCAACAUAUUUUCCCAAUAUCUGCCAAUCAGAGUGGACAAGGGAUAACGUUUAAAAUGGAUCACUCCCACCAGGCCAGCUGUCAGCCCCAGCCAUGAGCAAGCCCAGGAAGGCCCGGGUGGGCACCAGCAGCUCAGAGCCCCUGCCCGUUGUCAUCAUUGGCAAUGGGCCCUCGGGCAUCUGCCUGUCCUACCUGCUCUCAGGCCACAUGCCCUACGUGAAGCCAGACGCUGACCACCCACACCCACUGCUGCACAGAAAGCUGGCUGAGGUUUCGGGGUGCUGCCUCCUGGACCAGGACCUGGAUUACCUGUCUGAAGGCCUUGAAGGCCGGAGCCAGAGCCCCGUGGCUCUGCUUUUUGAUGCCCUCCAGCGCCCAGACACAGACUUCGGGGGCACCGCAGACUCUGUCCUCUCAUGGAGGCGGCAGGAGGAGCGAGCAGUUCCCCACCUGGUCUUGGGCCGCAGUCCGCCUGGGGGCGCCUGGCAUGCCAUCGAAGGCUCCAUGGUGACCCUAAGCCAGGGGGAGUGGAUGGGGCUGCCAGACCUGCAGCUCAAGGACUGGAUGCGGGGGAAACGCAGAGGUCUUCGGAACAGCCGGGCCACAGCUGGGGACAUUGCCCACUACUACAUGGACUAUGUGACCCAGAAGGGUCUGAGCCACAGCUUCGUGUCGGGUACCCUGGUCACAGGCGUGAAGAUGGAGACCCCUGAGUCCAAGGACCCCAGGCCCCUCUUCCGAGUGAGCGGCACCCUGACCACUAAGGACCGGGGCCAGCGGCCCUUCUCUCUGUGGGCCCGGAAUGUGGUUCUUGCCACGGGCACAUUUGACAACCCAGCCCGGCUGGGAAUCCCAGGUGAGGACCUGCCCUACAUCCACCAUGAGCUGUCGGCGCUGGAGGCAGCCACACGGGCAGGCACCAUCACCCCAGCCUCGGACCCUGUGCUCAUCGUGGGCGCGGGACUGUCUGCAGCCGAUGCGGUGCUCUAUGCCCGGCACUGCGGCCUCCCUGUGAUCCAUGCCUUCCGGCGGCCAGUGGACGACCCGGCUCUGGUGUUCAACCAGCUGCCCCAGAUGCUGUACCCCGAGUACCACAAGGUGCACCAGAUGAUGCGGGAGCAGUCAAUCCCGUCACCCAGCCCCUAUGAGGGCUACCGCAGCCUCCCCCAGCACCGGCCACUGCUCUUCAAGGAGGACCGGCAGGCUGUGCUCUGCGAUCCACACGGCCAUCACCAGGUCCUUGGCGUUUCCCUGGUUCUGGUCCUCAUUGGCUCACACCCUGACCUCUCCUUUCUGCCAGGGGCAGGCACCAACCUCGCCACUGACCCUGAGCAGCCCCUGAGUACUAAGAGGAACCCCAUCGAGGUGGACCCCUUCACCUACCAGAGUACCCGCCAGGAGGGCCUGUAUGCCCUGGGCCCCCUGGCUGGGGACAACUUCGUGCGAUUUGUGCAGGGUGGGGCCCUGGCUGCGGCCAGCUCCCUGCUGAGAAAGGAGACCCGAAAGCCACCCUAGUGCCUAGCUGGAGCUCUGGCACCCAGCCCCUGAUAGGAAAGAGAUCAUGCAGUCCUGGAGCAGACAGAACCCCCGAGAGGGAAAGAGACAGGGACCAGAAGAUGCAGAAUGGAAGACACAGGCUCCAAGGCUGUGCAGGGGCUGCAGGCCACCCAUGACUGGGCCUGGGAUCUGGGGGAAGCCCUGAGGGAGCAGGGUCCCUGGGGUCGGUGCAGUGACCACCAAGACAACGACCGCUCCAUCCCUUCCAGAAUCAGUUCCCAAAUAAAACCAGCAUUCGCCUCUA